AUGCAGCAAGCUGAUAAUAAUGGCCAUGGCAAAGUCGUUCUCAUGCGAGUUCUUGCUGCCACCUUGUUGGGUUUCACCAUUGCUACUGCAGCUCACUGUUAUCGGAGAAAACCAAGAGCUAAAAGAGACCAGCACAUCAUUCCACGCUUAGACAGGACAGAAUCUGGCCGUUUUGGAAACCUUGAAAGAUUCCCCCAUUAUGUUGCUAGGCAAAUGGGAUUUGCAGAUCCAAAUGAGUGUCCUCAGCUAUGCAAAUUGGCUUAUGAUUAUCUGAAAAGAUCUGAAGGGUGUGAAAAUAACAUCUUUGACUAUUUUGCUAAUCUACCUGAGGCUGAAUCUUUAUAUGUGAAGUUGUUAGAAGAGUUUGAAAGAUGCAUCCUAACUUACUUUGCAUUUCAUUGGAGCGAGGCAUCUCGUAUAAUCAGUCAGGUUAUGGAUGUUGAAUCCGUGAAGAAACCAAAGCUCAAAGGCAUCGUAAUGGCAGCCACAAGGAAACAAAGAUUUGAGAGGGUGACCAGGAACUUGAAGGUUAAAAGGGCGUUUUCUGCUCUAGUGGAGGAAAUGAAAGCAAUAGGCCAGGUGGAAUCACACUGCACGGAAGUGAUGGUGCCAGUGGCCCUGAGUGAGAGGAGCCCGGUGCUUCUUCUCAUGGGUGGUGGUAUGGGGGCUGGCAAGAGCACUGUCACCAAAGAUAUUCUCAAUGAAGCAUUCUGGUCAGGAGCGAAGGGAAAUGCAGUUGUAGUAGAAGCUGAUGCGUUCAAAGAAUCGGAUGUUAUUUAUAGAGCCCUCAGCUCUUUUGGCCAUCACGAUGACAUGCUUCCAACAGCUGAAUUGGUACACCAAUCAUCAACUGAUGCCGCAUCAUCACUCCUGGUAACCGCACUUAACGAGGGACGGGAUGUGAUCAUGGACGGGACCCUGUCAUGGGAGCCUUUUGUGGAGCAAACAAUUGCCAUGGCACGUAAUGUACAUAAACGUCGUUACCGAAUGGGAGAAGGCUACAAGGUGGCUGAGGAUGGCACCGUUACUGAGAAUUACUGGGAAAUGUUAGAGCAGGAGGAAGAUCAACAAUUAAACAAGGAGAAUGGACAAUUAACUGUCAGGAAACCAUACAGAAUAGAGCUGGUUGGAGUUGUCUGUGAUGCUUACGUUGCUGUCGUUAGAGGCAUCAGGAGAGCCAUAAUGACAGGAAGGGCAGUGAGGGUGAAUUCCCAAUUGAAGUCCCACAAGAGAUUUGCCAGCGCGUUUGAAAGAUACUGCCAACUUGUUGAUAAUGCCAGGCUUUACUGCACCAAUGCAGUAGGAACCCCACCUAGGGUGAGGAAGAAUCUACCCUCUGGUUUACCUAUGAUAGCGUGGAAAGAUGGGGACAACAAGCUCCUAAUUGACCCAGAGGAAUACGAGUGGUUAACAAAUGUGAGCAAUUUAAAAACAGAGGCAGAAUCCAUCUACGAGCUUUACGCAGAUCCAAACCCAAUUUUCGAGCCAGGCUCUGUUUGGACAGACAUCGUCUUCGAUCCUUUCAGAUCCACUCUUCAAUCAGAGCUCAAAACAUCCAUUCAAAACAUCGAAAAACCAUGA